AUGACCCGCUCUUCUACAAAAGAGUUGGCGAAUUACGAUCCAGAAAUUGAAAAAUCUCUUCGAUUGCGCAGGAAAGGACAAACAUCAUCUCCUCAAAGUAUAGCUUGUGAAGAAAUGGAGAACGAGAAACUUAAUAACAACCAACUCCCGCCACAUCAAGUAGAAGAAUAUUUUGAUGAGGUAGCUCCACGACGUGACAGAAUACUUAGAGAUUAUACAAGGCCAGAUCAUUUUGAAGGAGAAUCAAGUGUAAGGAGACCACCAAUUGUAGCAAACAACUUUGAAAUCCGCACAGGCUUGAUUGAAACCAUUCAACAGUCAUGUCAGUUUACUGGUGAUGUGAGUGAAGAUCCUCACACCCAUUUAAUUGAUUUUCUUGAAUUAGUUGAAACUUGCAGGUAUAAUGGAGUCACAACAGAUGCUAUUAGGUUGCGACUUUUUCCUUUUUCAUUAAAAGGUGAAGCCAAAACAUGGUUGCGAAGUCUACCAAGAGGCAUGGGAAAGAUUAGCAGCAAUGUUAAGAAAAUGCCCACAUAUGGUAUCCAAGACCCUGACAUUUUAUAUAUUUUCUAUCACGGUCUUAAACCUUCUGCUAAAAAUGUAAUUGAUGCAGCAUCAAGAGGAUCAAUAAUGGGAAAAACUACUGUAGAAGCAAUGCAAUUGCUAAAUGAGAUUUCGGAAAAUGUUGUUCAAUGGCCCUCAGACAGAAUGAUUAUCAAGAAAACAACAGGAGUAAAUCAAGUUGAAGCUUUGAAUUCAUUGACACAACAAAUAGCGACCUUAACACAAAAAGUUGACGCUUUUCAGGUAAGUGCUCACACAUCAUCUCAAUUUGAGAAUUUUGAUGUUUGUCAAGGUAAUCAUCCAAAUCAUGAAUGUCAAGCUUCAACACAAAAUGAGGAACAAGUAAAUGUGAUUGGUUAUAGAAAUAAUUACUCAUUUGGUAGUCCCAUGGCACAAAAACAUCCAGGUUUUCAAUGGAGUAAUCCUAACGGUGCUGAAAAUCCUCAAAGAUUUUUUAAUCAAAAGCAGCAGGUACAGGGACCACCUGGUUUUCAAAAUCAAAAUAGAGGGCAACAAAGUUUUCAACAAUAUCAGCAGCAGCCUCAAAGAGCUCAUCAACAAAGCCUUGAAGAUUUGAUGUACAAAUUCAUUAAAGGUACUGACGAGAAGGUUGAAAGUCAACAUCAGGUAAGCCAAUUAGCGACCCUCAUGUUUGGAAAAAUUCAAGGUGCUCUACCAAGCAACACUGAGAAAAACCCAAAAGAACAACUCAAAGUCAUCUCUCUACGAUCAGGUAAAUCUCUUGAUGAUCCAUAUACAGAUAGAGAAGGAAAACCACAAGAAGUGUAA